UUAUACUGUACCGCCGAUUAUGACUAGCGCGCAAUGCCAAAUCGUCUGCUGACGACUAACUAAUGUAAUUCGAAUGACAUCAGAGGAAUGGAUCGUGUCGAGUGAUAUGUUAGUAACAUAUGGUGAUCUGUUAUUAUCAGUCAAACACUGUGGAGAUGAAGGCAACGCGAGCUACAGGUAUAUGCCUACUCUACAAGCCUAUCAAUCCACAUUGAGAAUAGUAUUCUAAAGUUGUGGUAUGUAAACAAUGGAUUGGUGUGGAUACCCUUGCAGUAGGAAUGGGUUGCUAAAAGUCAUAGAAAUUGUGUUUAUGCUGGUAGCCUUUGGAUGUGUGAUGAAUGUAGUUGUGGAUAUUUUAGAAAAUUCCACCUUGUGUAACAUCAAGAAAGACUCUGGUAUCAAAUGCGUACCUGAAGAAUACUCCGUGUUCGUUUCACUAAUUUUCAUCGUAGCGAUCAAUAUUCUAUUACUUUGGAUCUUCCGUACGUUGUCAGACUCACACUGGCUCAUUAGAUUUGAAUUGGUGUGCUGCUUCCUUGAGGUUUCCUUUGUGAUAAUUGCAGUGGUUGUGCUGACAUCAAGAAUCGUACAAUAUAGCAUGAUAGUACUCAGAGAAAUUAUUGGCGUGAUUGUAGCUUUCGGCUCAUUCCCGUUGUUUCUAGUCGACGCUCACUUUGCUUACAAGAACAUUUCGAAUCAUUGAUUGUCACUAGCGACACACUCUCGAAUAUUCAAGGACUGCUAUUAUUGAAGUAUAGAAGGACAAUCGAGACGGAUGACGUGAAACAAAUAGCUUAUUAGCUAGUAAGACGGCCCUACUUUGAAGAUAUGUUGGUGGAGCUCUUCCUAUGUUAGAGAUUGGUCAGAGGGAUAGCCUAUGUAAUGCCACAUUGAUUAUUGUAGAUAAAAUAGUAUAAUACAUACUCCAAUUAUCGAAAUGCACGCCAUCGUGUCGGGAUUCAAUAUUUCGACAUUAAUUAUGUCAUCAUCAGGAAUGAUAUAAUAUUAUAAUGAUAAUAUUUUAGUCUUAUUCAUGAUAAUAUUGUAGACUUAUUCAUAAAUAAUUUUAUCACGAAUAAAAUAGGCCUACUUAGUGCUCUUCCGACUGUACAAAACUAAGGGUCAUUGUAACGUCAGGCCACUAAAUACUAAUGUUUUUCAUUCCCAUAUAUUUAAUAAGGUCACGUGACCAACAGCUACAUCACAUUUUUUUACAAGCCUAUUGUGUUUACGUAUAAAUAUAAUAUGUGUUUUGGAAAUUAGUUUACAUCAAUCAACUACUGAACAUUUGGACUAUGACGUAAAUUUGUUGUUGACGAUGCUCAAGAUAAGUAGGCCUAUGUUGUAGACCACACACACUGUAAAAACAUCAUUAAGUUAUACACACGCGCUUAUGCCAGAUGUGUAAAAAAAAUAAAACAAUACUAUAUUGGUAUAAUAUUUGUUGAGAGCGAACUUUGCGCUAGACAUUUUUAACCAAGGGUGGCAAAAAUGUGCACAUUUUUAAAGACAUGGAUUUACUCCAGUCUAAUUAUAUUCCAAUUUCUUCAAUGUCGUAUUUUUUUGCUCUGCACAGUAUUGUUAAUAUAAACGAUAUAACUUGCAAUAGUCAUCAGUUGGCCUAAUGACUUAUCGACACGGAAAACAUUCGUUGUAUCUUAUCAACGUGCUACUGUAUUAACCAUAAAUGCAUUCACAUUGCAGAUUUAUGUUGCGUAUUUAUAUCUUGUUUUGGUACCAAUAUCGAGCGGCUUUCAAGUUGCGCAAGGUUCCUAAAUCGGAUGUUAUAAACAUUAUGAAUGUGCAAUAAAUCAUGACAGUGCGCUAUAACUGAGCUGUCCGUGAUAGUUCAGACCUUGUGUUUGCAUAAUACAGUUCAUACUGUACUAGUUACUGUAGCUAGUUUCUACUUCUGCAAAUGCUUACAUUAAAGGUGCAUGUUUUCUCAUAUACAUUAAUGAAAUACAAUACUGUACAUGAAAACAAUUUCCCGGUAAAUUUAUAGAUUUUUGAAGUAACAAUUUGUAAAACCAGCGAAAACCAAAUUGUUGCGGCGGUCUGAAGUCUUAUUAAAAGUAAAUGACAAAUUUCUAAUCUUUUGAAAUGAGCAAUUGAAUUCAAUGUUUUAAUUUAUCAUUUUCAUUUUGAAAGUCAGCGUACGAAUUAGCAGCUUCUCAUUAGACUUCCCAAGAGUUUAGACUACUGUGUAUUGUUUAGCAAGGACUUUCACUAUUUACCUCCUCAGUUGGCUCUUAGGGAUGUUCUUGCAUUAAUGAAUUUUCUAUUCUGCUAAAAGAAUAUUAGGUGGACAUUGACAUCAGUGGUAUAAUAAUAAUAAUAUGUCGUUCUUAUAUAGCGCUUAAUGCCUUAACAAAGCCUCUAAGCGCUUCACAUUAUUACCCCGGUCAUUGGAUCAAACACAUAUGGAACACAUUGAAACACUAAACGAACGAACGAACGAACGAAGGGAGGGGGGAAGGCCCCCGGGCAAGGCCCUUCAGGCCCCCAGUCAUUGGGAGGAUGCGAAGAGCCCCAGUGUUUUUAGCAUUCUAAGACGUAUUUUAAUGCCCUUUCUAAGUUUAUGCAUCGUGAUAUGACCCAAAAAAAGUAUACUUAAUUUUAGCUCAGAUAUCGCUAAUAUAGCAUAUUACAAUAAAUACCUCAGACUACGGCUUGGAAAACGGCCUUGUUAUUUGUAAAAAAAAAUUGGUUGAAUUUGCUGGGCCCCUUGAGGCUCCAGGGACCCUGGCUUUGCCAAUGAGAGCUCAUAGCCGUUACACCACUGAUUGACAUAAAUUGACUACGUUGACACUUUAGCAAAUGAGACAGUAGAACUAAUUAUGUUAAAUAGUAAUAUUUAAGCCUACAUUAAUAUAGAGAAAGAAAUAAAUAAGAACCAGCGUACUUUUCUAUUCUACACAAAUUUUACGGUAUAUUAAUUAUUAUUUAUUAUUUAAUAUUUUGUUAUAUCACAAUUCAUAUAUAAGUACAAAUUAUGACUAUAGGUGUAAUUAUUAUGAGUACCCGCCUAAUCGACUACAAAACUCAGUAAUUUUUAAAUUUUUUGUUAAGAGUAUACUGAUGUUAUUAGUCAUUGUUGAUUGAUUAUACUAUUUUUUCAAUAUUAAUAUCAUGGAGCUACAAGAUGCUUUCAUACAUGUUAUUAAUACCAUCAUCAUUACUAUAUUAUUGCUUUUGUUAUUACAAUAUUAUAUCUUUGUUAUAAUAUUGUAAUAAAAAUAGCAAUAAUAUAGUUAUUACAAUAUUAUAUUUUUGUUAUUAUUAUUUAUCAAGCACUUUAUGUCACUAAGUCUUUUGUCUUGUGAAGUGUGAUUGUAAUUAGCUAAUAGCACCAGAUAAAUUUUAAUAGCACACUGCACAA